GCCCCAUAUCCCUUUCUCCGAUAAGAAGAUGUGAAACGAUGUGAAAAGGAUGUAAAUUCCUUUAGGCAAGAAGAACUUUGGAGUACAAGACACACAGUCACGCUUAAGAAGGAUUGACUCAUCAUCUGUUUGAAUGAACCAGUCCAUCGCUUUCUUCUACAGAUAGCAGGCAUGGUGAGGUUUCAUCACUGAAGCUCUAAGCCAGCUGGAUGACAUAAGAUCAUGGAUGACAAGGUGUCCAACACCUCUUCCAUGGGACCUGGCCCCACCUCUAACACCUCCUUCCUUCUUUCUGAUGACCGAGAUGAUACUCUGGCUCAAGCCGAAAUCGCCAUCUUGGCCUCGAUCUUCCUGCUGGCCACACUGAGCAACGGGCUGGUCCUGGGAGCUCUCUUCCGCCGGGGCCACCGGGUCACCCCAAUGCAUCACUUCAUCCGCCACCUCUGCCUGGCCGACCUGACCGUGGCUCUUUUCCAAGUGCUCCCGCAGCUGAUCUGGGACAUCACCGACCGCUUCCAGGGCCCGGAUGCCUUGUGCCGCGCCAUCACCUACUUGCAAGUGGUGGGCAUGUUUGCUUCCUCCUACAUCAUUGUGGCCAUGACUUAUGACCGCCACCACGCCAUUUGCCGGCCUAUGCUGGCUUUCCGAAGAGGCCCAGAUUCCUGGCAUCGGCCAGUGGCAGCUGCCUGGACGGCCUCCUUCCUCCUCAGCCUCCCCCAGCUCUUCAUUUUCUCGAAAGUCGAACUGCCCAGUGGAGCUCACGAAUGCUGGGCCACUUUUGCUGAGACCUGGGGAGCCCGGGCCUAUGUCACGUGGGUGACUCUGAUGGUCUUCAUCCUUCCCACACUCUUCAUUGCCACCUGCCAGGGGAUGAUCUUCUGUGAGGUCCACCGUAGCCUGCGUCUGGGCCCAGAGGGAGCUUUGGCAGGCAGGGGGAGCCAACAGGGGUCCUCCCCUAUAUCUGGAGCUGUAACCAAGACUCUCAAGAUGACACUGGUCAUUGUGUUGACCUACAUCCUCUGCUGGUCCCCCUUCUUCCUUGUCCAGCUCUGGGCAGUCUGGGACCCUCAGGCACCCAUCAAUGGCCCAGCCUUCACCCUCCUGAUGCUCGUCGCCAGCCUCAACAGCUGCACCAACCCUUGGGUCUAUGCCACCUUUAGCAACAGCAUCUCAGGCGAGCUGUAUCAGAUCUUCUGCCCCAGGCUGGCUCGCCGACAUGUAGGAUCCCUGCAUGAAGACUCCAUCCUGUCAGCCACUUCCUCCCUGGGACGGGACACCCUCUCCUCAGCCAGCAAGAGGCUAAGUUCUGAACAGGACCAGGAAGCUGAUGCAAAGAGAAGCCUUGUGCCCCCAGUCUCUUGGUGACCAGCACUCAUGUGGUGGGAAGAAGUCCAACACAACAGAGCACCCUGCUUCACUAGAACGCAGCCAGUCACUUAAAACUGCUAAAUGACCUUCCUUUUAACACACGCUAAAGCUCUAAACCACGUCAGGUUUAAGGGGCCCCAUAGCACUGCCACCAAUAUAUAUAUAUUUCCCAAACAAUUAUUUAAAAGUUGAAA